CUACAAGUUAUGAAAUUUAUCUAGCUGUAGCACCCCAAAAAAAAAAAAAUUAUUAUGUAGCUGCCAUGUGCAGCCAUUUGAGUAAUUGAUGCUUCCCCAGCCAAUGGUGGAAGCAGUCUGAAUGGUUGUGGACCCUGGAAGCAGGCAAAAUGGGUGUGAAAAUAGCUUCAAACUAACUAUCCUGUUGGGAACCAGAGAAUAGGCCUUACAAAUACCACGAGGGGCCAUGUAACCGACUGUGAAAAUAUGAUUUCUUGCCCAGAGCAUGUAUUUUGCUUUCAGGAACUGGGAGGCUGAAUAGACCAGUGCAACUUAUGAACUAGUUAGCACACAAAUGUGAGGUUCAUUUUCCACUCUGGUGAGUGGAGACUGUCUAUUUAUUUUUUUUUCUGGAAAAUAGAGUUGAGACUAUCUGGUUAGAUUGGUGAAAAUGACAUGCUUUUUGCUACCUAUAUGACAUCCCUUUGGUCAGUAAUAUUGGUGCCAAAAGGGAUUUAAUUCAGAGGGCAGUGAUUUCAAAUUGACCCGAAAAAAAUGGAAGUAAAUAAUGUGCUGUGGUCAAGGCAGUCUUGUACAUAUAUGUCUAAUAAUUGAGGCUUGAAAAUUUUCACAAAACUGGGAAAUGCUCCAGUAUUGAUAGAUCUCUAUUACUUCAUCAGAAACUCAGGGUGAUACUCAUGUAUAUGAGACCUUGUAUUAUACCUUGGAAAAUUGACCCAUACCACACUUCCAUGCAGUUGGUCGACGCUUUGGAGCUUAGCAGGCUAACCAUGAAGACUGUGAAGCAAAAUCUUUGGUGGGCCUUUGCAUACAAUAUUGUUGGAAUUCCAAUUGCAGCCGGAGUGUUACUGCCAGUGACCGGGAUCAUGCUUACUCCAUCAAUUGCCGGAGCUCUCAUGGGUUUCAGCUCUAUUGGGGUGAUGACAAAUUCAUUGCUUUUGAGGUUUAAGUUCGCAUCGAAACACAAGCAAAUUUGUGAAGCAUCAUUCGAAGACAUCAAAACCCCUCUGGGUUCUGGUCAUCUCACGGAUCAAAUGGACAGAUCGAAGCACCCAUAUACUGCUGGUGCUGCUAGAUGA